AAUGUGCUAACAUUUCUACUUCACUUACUGAAUUUACCAAACCCAUAUUUACUAAAUCCAUUGAACUUACUAAACCUACAUUUACUGAAUUCACUGAACUCAUAUUUACUGAAUUCGCUGAACCCACAUUUACUAAAUCUACUAAAUCAAUCAAACUUAUUGAAUCUAUUGAAUCUACAGAAUCUAACAGUAUGCUUGUUAAAUUUACUGAACUUACCACCUCUUUUAUAUCAGUUGAAUAUACUGAAUCUAUUGCUUCUUGCUGA